GAUUGGGGCUUGCGUGUGAUAAGAAGGGAUUCUCACAGCCCUUGCUUUACGGGAGCGGGCGCCAACAAGCAGGCGUCA